AAACGUCACUUUCAGAAGUUGCCACGAAAGCAGUGUGGCAUGAUGUGGAAGUUAGUGAGCUGCACAUUUUGCCUCUUUAUGUCCUCACAGCUGAGUUUAUGGUCUGUUUGGGCCUCAGCGGAGGAGCUGGAGGGAGAGGUGAAGACUGAGGUUUUAUUUAAGCCCGAGGAGUGCACUCAGAGGAGCAAGAGAGGAGAUCUGAUCAACGCUCACUACGAUGGGUACCUCGCCAAAGAUGGUUCCCAGUUUUACUGCAGUCGAUCAGACAAAGAUGGGCACCCUCAGUGGUUUGUGCUGGGUGUCGGACAAGUCAUCAAAGGCCUUGACAUUGGAAUGAUGGAUAUGUGUCCUGGAGAAAAGCGAAAGAUAACGGUUCCAUCUGCGUUGGCAUUUGGUGAACAAGGCAAAGGUCCAGUGCCACCAAACGCUACUGUGGUCUUUGAGGUGGAGGUGUUCUCUGUGUCCAGGGGGCCACGCAGCAUGGAGGCAUUUGGAAAGAUGGACAUUGAUAGAGACAAAAGUCUCACAAAGACAGAGGUUAAAGAAUAUUUGAAGCUGGAGUAUGAAAAAGGUGGGAAGCCUCGUGAUGAGCCUUUCUAUGAGAAGAUUAUGGCUGAUAUAUUCCGCAAGAUUGACCAUGACAGAGAUGGACUGAUCAGUGCGAAGGAGUAUAAUAUUUAUGAACACGAUGAGCUCUAAUGUCUGAGGUGGUCGAUUCUGUUGUUUUGUUUAGUUAUGGUUUGUACCUUGAGUUUUUAGAAAGAAAGAAAACAAGGUUUGUUCAUGAAAUUAAGGAAAUGUCCAUCAACAGAUGUUCUUGCACUGUUAGAUAUACAGUAUCUUUAGGGGUUUUUUUUCAGUCUACACCUCUUUAUAUCAACAUGCCUCACCCACUUCUACUUCAGCUAGCAGGUUAUUGCUUUUCCUAAAGUGCCUUUUAAAAACCCCACUUGUUUUCAGGCGUAAAGAAGCUGCUGUGGUUUUACAGAAAAGUAUCUCUUCCUCUUCUGUGGUUGUGUUUUGUUUUUUUGUUUUUUUCAUUUUUGGUAUCAGCUCAGUGGCAUUAAUACAAAGAGAAUUCUUGGCUCUUUGUGUGACUGACUGUUUUUUAAAAUGUUUUAAAAUGUUGUUACUAUGAAAAAACUGUAGCAGUGAUUAUUUGGUUAUCAGAAUACUGGAGGAUGAUCAUUUUGUGGAUGGAUUUGUUUUCUUUUAAGAGCAGACAUGAAAUAAGUGAGGUAGUCACUAUUUCCAAUCCAGCAAAGAACGUCUGCGAAACCUGUGAAAAUGCGUACUUUUGUGCAAAUACCACUAAAUUUGCUAAUUUAAAAACCUUUAUUCUUGGUAAACAUAUACGUUUGCGGCACAAACACAAAAUCACAAGAUUGCACAAUGUUGUUGAAUCAGUGGCUCUUGAAACUUUAACAUGACUGCCAUGUGAGAAUGUGGUUGAACAAGACAUGAGAAUGAACAACUCUGACUUUCCCUCCCCCCUUUGAAUAUUUAGCCCUACAAUCUGCAAUAUAGCAUUGAUGUACAGCUGAACAGAUAACAGUGGAAACCUUGAAAAGGAGACUGGUGUAUAUAUUUUUUUAGGACUAAUCAUACUAGAAUUCCCAAACAGGAUGUUUAAUGAAAUGUGAGACACCAUUCAUUAAUUGACAGUAAAUGCACACAAAAAGUUUUAUGUCUUUAUAUGGUCAAAACUCUGAUUACUAUUGUACUCUGCUGAACCAUUUUUGCAUUUAGUAACUAAGUCACAAAUUUACUACACUAUGUUCAAUUUUGCAAUGAGAAUAAAUAAGAUCCAUCCAUCCAUCCAUUAUCUAUACACCGCUUAAUCCUCACUAGGGUCGUGGGGGGUGCUGGAGUCUAUCCCAGCUGACUCAGGGUGAAGGCAGGGGACACCCUGGACAGGUCGCCAGUCUGUCGCAGGGCUACAUACAAAGACAAACAAUCACUCUCACAUUCACACCUACGGGCAAUUUAGAAUGAUCAAUUAACCUCAGCAUAUUUUUGGACUGUGGGAGGAAGCCGGAGAACCCGGAGAAAACCCACGCAUGCACAGGGAGAACAUGCAAACUCCAUGCAGAAAGAUCCCGGGAAAGCCGGGACGCGAACCAGGGAUCUUUUCACUGCAAGGCAAAAGUGCUAACCACUACGCUACUGUGCAGCCCAAGAAUAAAUAAGAGAUUUUGUAUUUGCAUUCAACCUCUAGCUUAGGUGGGGAUGACAGAACUGUAAGGACAGACCUGAAUAAAAACAUCACAUUCUGCAGAACUGUGUGACUUUCUGACCUGAAAUUACAAAAUUACAAUUUACUUGUUAUAUUAGUGUUUCCUUUAUUCUUUAAUAAAUGCAUUUUGUUUUUUCAUCAA